AAGAAAAGAAAGGGAGUGAAUUGGUUUUCUACACCAAGCUUAUGCUUCUUGAGGUUGUGCAACUGAAAAACCUAUGCAAUGGCGAAGAAUUCAGUAACCGAGGAAGAAUGUCAAGCCAUGAUUCACAAGAGUUUCCGAACUCCAAUGGUGAGGUUUUUGAGGGAACGUUUAGAGAAAGCUGGGUGUGCUGUAGGAGACAAUUUUUUCAAAGCUGUUACUUGCGACGAGGAAAUGGCUGGUGCAUAUGUUCGCCGUGAAGGGGUAAAAGUGUGCAGCAAUUAUGUACGAAUUCAAGACGACGUCAACAUGGUGGUAAUUCGUGAGUUAAUUCAUGUGUUUGACGACUGUCGUAGUGCUAACUUGAAUUGGUCUGAUUGUGCUCACCAAGCUUGUACUGAGAUACGAACUAAUCAUCUAAGUGGUUCUUGUCAUUACAAGCGGGAAUUACUAAAAGGUUUUCUGAAAAUACGAGGGCAUGGACAGGAAUGUGUCAAAAGAAAAGUUAUGCAAGCCUUGUCUCAAAAUCCCAAUUGCUCUGGUUUGGCUGCCAAGGAUGCUAUGGAAGCUGUAUGGGAUGUUUGUUACAAUGAUACACAGCCCUUUGACAGAGCUCCUUAGAAUCUGCGUGGUUUGAUACUAACACAUAGUAUAGCCUCCAUCGGUACUAUUUUUUCUUUGCCGAACAUUUUUGGUAGCCACUGGCUUAGAAUAAUGAUGGCCCUUGUUGAGUACUACAACUGUGAUUCAAAUUGAAUGCUUAAUUUUUUGGGUGGAAAUCUCACAAAUUUUGUCUGUGGCAACUCUGCUGGGAAAAUCAUACCGUCUUCCUGUGCACAUUUAUUUUGCUGGCUAUAUUCUUCAAUCAAAAUAUUAUUUCAAUUUGGGAGGCAUGUCAAUGGAGUGCCAAUGCUACACAAUUUGUCAUCUGGGUUCUGGAUAUGAGUAAUUCAUUCAUGAUUUAUGGUUUGAGGACCUCCAUUUUCAGGGUUCUCCCAAGUAUGUUGGGUGAAUCCUGGUUUAUUCUUUUAUGUAGUUCCUUUUCUCGGACUAAAUGUAUGAAAUUUGUUAGUAACUCAAGUGGAGCUUCUGUUGGUUUGAGGAUUCAAUCAUAAAAGGUUGGCCAAUAAGGUUCAUCAGAUUCCGAAAAUCACAUCAAACCAAAAGAUAGAGGUCGAAAGUUAGAUCCAAGAAAAAGAAAUUAGCACAAUGUAUUUGGUUGCCUUUUUGUAAUUGCAUUAAACACAAACAGUAACGGCAGUUAUGGAGAAAGUCAUUUUCUUUUUCUUUUAAAGAACAAUGUCAGCAAAUAUUUACUAUC